CUUUCACGCAACAACUUAUCUGGGAAGAUACCAAGAUAUCUGGAGAAGUUUGCUCUAGAGUAUCUAAAUCUAUCCUUCAAUAAUUUUGAGGGUGAAUUACCAAAACAAGGGGUCUUUGGAAAUGCCAGUCGAGUUUCAGUGCUCGGAAAUAGUAAGCUUUGUGGGGGGUAUUCAUGAAUUACAGUUGCCUCCAUGCUCCAGCCAAGCUUCCAAGAAACGGGGGAUCUCUCUUGCUUCAAAAGUCAAAUUCUCAAUAAUUGGUGUUGUCCUGGGUCUUAUUUCAUUAUCAUGUUUCUUUACCAUUCUUUAUCGGGUAAGAAAGUCAAGAAGGAAACCUUUUGCUGUGCCUUCUCUGGAGGAUCCUUUUAUGAACGUGUCUUAUGCGGAACUCUUUAAAGCAACAAAUGAGUUCUCUCCUGCCAAUUUGAUCGGAACUGGAAGUUUUGGCGCUGUAUAUAAAGGGAUUCUAGAUCAUGUUGGGACUAUGGUAGCGGUGAAAGUCUUCAACCUUCAACGACGAGGAGCUCUGAGGAGCUUCAUGGCCGAAUGUGAAGCCUUGAGAAACAUUAGGCAUCGGAAUCUUGUUAAGAUCUUAACUUGUUGCUCGAGCAUUGAUUUUAAGGGCAAUGAUUUUAAAGCUCUAGUUUACGAGUACCUGUUCAAUGGAAGUCUAGAGAAGUGGUUGCACAGGGAGGGCCAUGACCAGCCGAGAAGGAACUUGAAGUUUACUGAAAGGCUAAACAUAGCUAUAGAUGUGGCUUCUGCACUGGAUUAUCUACAUAAUCAUUGCCAAACAUCAAUCAUUCAUCAAGAUUUAAAGCCAAGCAACAUUCUUCUUGAUGAAGACAUGAUUGCUCAUGUGGGUGAUUUCGGGCUAGCCAGGUUCUUAUCAGAGGUUGCUCAUAGCAGCUCAGUUGGGAUGAAGGGAUCUAUUGGGUACAUCGCUCCAGAAUAUGCAAUGGGCGGAAAAGCAUCUACACAAGGAGAUGUUUAUAGCUACGGAAUCCUUCUACUGGAGAUGAUCACUAGAAAGGGGCCAACGGAUGACAUGUUUAAGGACAAUCUAAGCCUUCAUCAUUUUGCUAAGCUGGCUUUGGCUGAAGGAGUGAUGGAGAUUGUUGAUCCACAACUGAUCUUAGAAGAAGCUGAAGUUAUUCAAGGCAAUGAAAAUCAAAUCAAUACAAGAAAUAGAAUGCAUGAUUGCUUGAUUUCAAUGGUCAAAAUCGGUGUGUUGUGCUCUGCAGAAUCUCCAAGAAAACGAAUGCAAAUGAGAGAUGUUGUUGCUGAAAUGCACACAAUCAAGGACUUGUGUCUCGGGGUCAUGAUUCACCAAGACAAACAAGUUAGGUUGCAAAUAUUAGAUGAAGGUUUGUCUUACCUCAGGCAUUACUAAGUUAUUGUUAGUAGUUGUUUUGAGAAAGAUUUCCAAAUGAUAUGAGUUUGUUGAAUCCUUCCCUAAACAAGCUCUAGAUAUAUUAUUUAGACUUAGGUUAAGAGUGUAUUUGUAUUGAUAUUAAAUAUAUGAGAAGAUUUUUUUAUUUAUUUUUCAAUCUUAUGCUAGGCAAAAGGAGAUUGUAUCAUGAAUUUAAUAAAACUUUACAAUGUUAAGAAAUUAGUCUAGCAUUUGGACUACCAACUUGAUAUAA